CAGAUCAUCAUCAAUAUAAGGUGAUUAAUUUGCAAGAGAAACGUAUGAUACCUCUUAUGGAUUAUGCGGAUGCUGGUAUUGAACAAUUCAGGCCAAUAAUAACAAUAAUUUCGGAUAAAGAGUUUCUGUUGGUUUCGCCACUCAAUUCUGGUCACUUUAUGUCAUUCGGAUGCGAUCCAGUCAGAGGGACUCUAGAAUGGCAAAGUUUUCCAAGGGCAAUUGGCGUUGAUUAUCCUUAUUCUGUUGCGUUGCUUCGCAAUAAUACUAUUGAAAUUCACAAUAUUAUUGAUCAACAACUCGUUCAACGUGUUACUUUAUCAUCAAAGACCAAAACGUUAUCCACUGGCCCUGGAAUUAAAGUACGAGUUGCUGGUUUGAUGGAUAGAUUAAAAUUGGGGAAUGUCCUUUCUAAACUUAAUAAUGAUGUACAAUCUUCUCAAUCCGGAGAAGACUUAAGAAAUGGACUAUCCAACUCUUUCUCUGCUGUUCCCACGAGACUUAUAAUGGCUGGUAGUGAGUGUAUCAUGGCUUUGGUGACAACCCCUUUAGUCCUUCAGGCUUUAUUCCGAUUGGCUAAUUAUUAUAUAUCAAUUCGUUCAAA